UUGAGAAACCACAGGGAAGUCUAUGUAAUUAUUCGAAACAUCAGGGAGGUUAGUGUUGUUUACCCUCGCUGUAAAUAAAUCCCGAUCGCCACGUUGUAUUUUCCCGCCAAAUAGUGGAGAAGCAGAGAGAAAAUCGAGGCGUGUAGGGGGCAGAUUUCUAUCAGAGUAUCGGAACCCUAAUUUUCAGCCCAUUGAGCUUCAGAUGGCGCCCUCUGGAGCCUCUGAUUCGCCCGCAACACCGGAAAAAGCAGAACGUAACCUCCAGCCUUUCUUCGUUCUCCACAAAGCGUCGCACUGUAAUGCGGAGAGGAAAUCAACAGGAGGGGUAAGAACCGGAAGCAAAACUAGGACCAGGAGAAGAAUUGAUUUAACACCACCGCGGCCUAAGAGUUCGGAGGGAUCGGAGGCCGAGUUUGAUGGAGGAGACAACGAUGACAACCACGAUCAUCAGUUGCGAACAGAUGCUUUCAAUCACGCCUGGUCCAAAAUUGAGUCCACAAUUAAGGAUGUUUUGAGGAAUAUUAAUGCUGAUGCAUUCAAUGACGUACAUUGCUGGGUUCAAAGUUCAUUCAACGAAAUUCGAUCAAAUGGAAUGCUUGAUCGUGCUAAAGCUACUCGACCUUAUCCCAUUGUCACUAAUCCUAUAUCUAAACAACUUUACACAGGCCUGGUCUUCACCAAGAAUAUGGAAUUGGUUGAUGAUCUCUUGACGUUUGAGGACCUUGGUCUACAUUUGAAAUCUCGUGGAUGCCACGUGGCUAACCUUUCAUCAUUUGACUUCUCGGCCAAAAAUGGGAUAGAUGGGUGUCUUAGAGGUUUAUUGAGGCUGUUUGUAAAGACUAGCUUGGAUGUGGCUGAUAUGUCCGUCUUAGCAUUGUGGUACAUUGACCAAGGGGACUAUGAUAACCCAGUUGUUGUAAUUAUAGAUGAUUUGGAGAGAUGCUGUGGGUCUGUCUUGACUGACUUCAUUCUCAUGUUGAGUGAAUGGGUGGUUAAGAUUCCAAUCAUCUUGAUAUUUGGAGUUGCUACCUCGGUUGAUGCCCUGAGAAACAUACUUCCUUCACAUGCUCUUCAGUGCCUGUCCUGUCAUAAGUUCAUUUUGGGAUCUCCAGCUGAGAGAAUGGAUGCAAUCAUCGAGGCCGUCCUUGUGAAACGUUGUUCUGGAUUCAGUGUUGGCCACAAGGUGGCAGUAUUUUUGAGAAACUAUUUUUUAAGGCAGGAUGGAACUUUGACCUCAUUUGUCAGAGCUUUGAAGAUAGCAAUUGUCCAGCAUUUUUCCAUGGAACCUCUAAGCUUCAUACUCUGGGGCCUAUUUCACAAAGAUAGUCAGGAUUUAAGCAGUGAAAGACCUGUAUCAUUGCCAGAAACAGUGUUAAAGCAACUGUUUAGUCUUCCAUCUUGCAGGAGGAAUGAACUUGCUGAACCAAAUGAAGAAAUUUUUGCUCAAGGUUUGGCUGACUUGAAGAGAUUGCAGAAUUUUUGGAGUUCUGUGGUUCUGUGCCUGUUUGAAGCUGGAAAAAGCCAUGAAAUUACCUUGUUGGACUUGUACUGUGAGACACUUGAUCCAGAGCUACACCACUCGAGGGCUUCUGAUCAUCACUUGGGACCAGAAGCAGCAGUUGUAAUGUCUUCAAGUGACCAUCAUGUGCAUGGACCAUUGCAAAACCAUGUUUUUAUCUCUCAGGUCGUCCGCAAGGUCAGGGAUCUACCAUUAGUGUCCCUAAAUCAGUUGCUCAACAGAUGGGAAAAGCAUACGAAGGGCAUAAUUGAGAUCCACGAGAAAGUGAGGGAGCUGCAGUCAAUUGUGAAAUUUGAGGAUGGAAAGGCUUUGAAGCGAGAAUUGACAGACAUAUCCAAAAACGUAAUUGACUUCGGUUCAUUUAACAGGAGUCAGAAAACUCGAAGCAACUUUAAUGUUUACAAGGAUGGAAAAGCUGUAAAUGAGAAAGCUGCAGCACUAAUUGAUUUCAUGGUUGAGAAAUAUAUGCAGCCCAUUGAGUGCAUACCUUACCAUGAAAUCAUCUGCUUUAAGAAUGUUGACAAACUUCAAUCAGCUUUGAUGGGAGACCCAAGGAGAACAAUCCAAGUUGAUCUUUUGGAGUUCCACAAAUUUCUCAAGUGCAGUUGCUGCAGCAAGAAUGGCAAUAUACCAUUUCCAUCCAUGCUUGACACUUCAAUUAUGUACAUGUUGACUCAAGAGUAUGGUGACCUUAUUAAUCUCCAUGACUGGUACCAAUCUUUCAAAGCAACUGUACUUCCUCCAAGAAUCAAGGGGAAGCACCGGUUGAAGCAUUCACCAUCACCAAAGAAAAGAAAGGAAGCUAAAGAAUCUCAAAACAAGGGUGAAGCAACUGUUCAAGCAAAGUUCUGCAGGGCCGUUACGGAGCUCCAGAUUACAGGGCUGCUUCGGAUGCCUAGCAAAAGACGGCCUGAUUAUGUUCAGAGAGUGGCCUUUGGUCUCUGACAUGCUGGGCUCGAACAGGUUUGAUACUCUCAUCCUAUUAUGUGACUGGGAUCUUGAUUUUCUGAGCAAAUACUUGAUUAGUCUCAGUCCAAGAUGAAUUUGAAGGAUUUUCACUCAUGAAGCUAUGGAUCCUCCUGUAAUCAUUGUUUGCAUUGUAAAUGAUAUCAGAUUAUCAGGGCAACAGCGCUUGAAGAACGGUGAGCUCCUCUGUGAACGGGCAACUGUAAUUGAUAGGAAUAUUAUAACUGGGAAUUCUUGAGCUUUUUUAAGCUUUGUGUUGUCUAGUUUUAUUCCCUCGCUGUA